AUGCGUUCGUCGAAUUUGUCAAAAGUUGAAGAAGCACCAAUUGAAAAGGCACUUGAAUGUAAUUUAACAAUUACAGGCUCCCUCAUUCAACAAAAAGCUUUACAAUUUGCAGAGUUGUUAGGAACAACAGAUUUUAAAGCAUCAUCCGGUUGGCCUGAGAAGUUUAAAAAGAGGUAUUCUAUUAGUGCAUUCAAUAAACAUGGCGAGUCUCAAAGUGCACCGGUCAAAGAGAUGAGAGGAGCCAAUGUCUUCAUAUAG